UAGUUUUUAUUCGCGUUAAAACUCCCAUUAUAAAUAUUGCUUGUUACGUGGAAGGCUUAAAGAAGCCUGAUAAAAUCACAUUGUGUAUGUGGUAAACAUAUGCAUAAGAUAUAGAACUAUAAUGUUAUUGUCUUUGAUGGUUAUGGGACAAAACAUUAUAAGUAUUAUCUGGAAGAAGUAACAGCGUGCGUGUGGUCGUUGAUAAAAAUAUGCUUUAUAAACUUCGAUUUGACAUAUUUUGUUAAGAAAUCAGUGCCAUUUGUAGUUUUUAUUGUCAUUAAAAUAAGUAAAACUAGAAAUAACUUACAGUUUUAUAAAUAAUUGUAUUCUCAAGACCAAAUAACAUAAAGUAAUGAGUAUAGAUAGCAUGAGAGUUGGAGGAGGACGUUGUCCUCCCUUUUUAGUAAUAGGACUGAGUGUUGUUUGCAUAAUGAUGAUAUGUAACUGGUGGACACUGUCCUCGACAAAUUUAGAACUACUUCAUCAAAUCGACGAAUUGAAUGAGCAGAUAAAAAUCAGCGUCGAAGAAAGAGAUCAGUGCGUGACACAAAUAGAAAACUCAGAAAAGAAACUUAAAACAUGUCAAGAUAAAGCUGUAACUAGUCUUGUGAAGAGCUCACAAAAUGAAGAUCUUUUCAACAUUUGUAAUACAGAACUGAAAUCAUUGAAAGGAAAUUAUGAAUCUGCAUCUGCAACAAUGGAGGCUAUGAAAAUGGAAAUCAAAACAUUAAAAGUAAAAUCUGAGGUAGAUAACAAAAAGAAAGAAAAAGAAGUUGACCAGCUUAAAGAUGAAUUGACAAAGGCCAAGGAAGAAGUAGAAAAGUUGAAACUUACGAUAAAUGCCCCACAACCGAAUAAAGUUCCAGAUUUACCAGCUGCCCAUCACCAGGAAAAAAAUCAAGCUGAAAAUAAAACGACAGCAGCAAACGUAGCGCCGAUCCCUCAAGAAAACAUUCAGCCUAAUAAUGUUGAGCCUCCAAUCCAAGAUUUUCAGGAGAAUAGCGCCAACAAAGAAGAUAACGCAGCUGAAGUCAAUGAUCAAGCUGAAGAAAUGAUGUCCAAUUUAAUACCUGAUGUGAAUAAUAAGCCAUUGAAGGACAGUAAAAAGUAAAAUAAAUCUAUUUGAUUACUCAUAAACGAUUAAAUAUCGUUGUUCAACUCCAUGACUCAAUUAGCAGUAAGCAAUUUUUGGAUUUUGAAUAUUUCCCUUAGAGAUGUUUGAAAAAAAAGUUUAAUUAUAAACUGCAUUAAAUGCAUUUAAAAAGUUGUUAUUGUAGGAAAUGCUGUGAUUAAGUUAUCAUUGCCAUUUGUAUGGAAAUUCCGUAAAUGGCAUGAUUUCAGUAUAGGUUUUUCAAAAUUUUGAAUUUCUAAAAGUUCAUGUGACGUCUAUUUUCUAGUCUUUCUUUCUAAAUCAUAUGAUAAAAAUGAAAAAUUGUCAAAGAUAUAUUUACAUUCAAUAAUGUAUUGCUCUUUAUUUUUAAUGCAUUUUGCAACAUUUUUAACUUAAAACAUCUUACAAGUUGUAUACAUACUUGUACUUUUUGGUCGUAAUAUUAAAGUUGUUCCCACGAAAAAGUACCGCGAUUCUGCUACUAUUAUUAUCAUAAAUAAUCGACGAGUUUUGUGUAUCUUCCAAUCAGAACAUUGUCUCCAAUAGUACAAUAUUGUUGUUCAUACACCGAAUUGACAUUGUGGCAAAGAGUGUGUUCGGUAUAAGUACAGUUGAAAUAAUUUUUACUCAUGAACUUGUCAAUAGAUCAAAGGUAAAUUACUGUCAGUAUGUCGACUACAAAUGUAAUUAAUCGAACGUUUUGACUGCCUGCAAGAAAAGUAGUAUUCUUUAUAUUUUUGAAAACAAUCGAAGUGUAUGGAAUUUCCAAUAUCAUUUCCAAUAUCAUUUUUUUGUGGUAUCUAAAAGAUUUUCUGCAUACACAAUAAAUAUAUUUUACAGGUAAUAUUUUUGUACAUAACUAACAACGCAUCGACAACUUUGAUAAAUGUAUACAUUUUUAUCAAUUUCUUGAUACAACAAAAGGGCUUCAAACCAAAUUGUUACUCUUUCUUUCUGUAUUAAAAAUUUGUAAUUAUAA